CUUUUUACACAAUUAUGACAAUGACGACCAAGGUCCACAGACAUCGCUGGAUUCAAAGCUAGACAGUAAAUGUUUCUGCAGGUGAUCUCAUGCAGUGCCAGAGUUGAAGCUCCUCAGUAUUCAAAAUGCGGUAUUGGAAAUACAUGAAGAUUAUCUUCCUCGUUCUGUUGAGUGCCAUCAUCGUUACUUUGACCGUACAAAAGGUUCCUUAUGAUCAAUUUAAAUAUUUGAUGAACAAUAGCUUGGUGGAGCAUCUCCUUCAUGAAGAACCCUGUGCCUGUGGGAAGCACUGUUUGGCUGCAAGUGACGACAAUUGGUUUUCUGAACGCUUCAGGGAUCACGUUCAUCCGCUGCUCUCUCUCAAUAACAGCGUGCUGUCUGACAACAUCUUUAAUUGGUGGAAGACUCUACAAUCUACUAAGAGCAAAGCUAAUUACUCUCAAGUGAUUCAGAAGCUGUUUUCUGUCAUUCCUGGUGAGGACCGUUACAGAGACGUUGGCCCGUCUCGCUGCCGAACCUGUGCUGUGGUGGGGAACUCUGGGAACCUUGUUGGAUCCUUCUAUGGUCCUCUUAUAGACAACCACGAUUUUGUAAUGAGGAUGAAUAAGGCACCAGUUGAAGGCUAUGAGAAAGACGUGGGAAACAAGACGACCCACCGUUUCUUCUACCCAGAAAGUGCCAUCCAUCUGGACAACAAUACGCACCUGGUGGUGUUGCCCUUCAAACUACUGGAUAUCCAGUGGAUCACCAGUGCUCUAAGUGAUGGAUCUGUCAAACGAACACGGUUUAAGGUUAUAGACAAGCUACAAACUAACAAGGACAUGGUGAUGAUUAUGCACCCUGCUUUUAUCUAUUAUGUGCGCACUACGUGGCUGCACCUUAGGCGAUCUUAUCCAUCCACGGGUUUCCUUGUUCUAAUGUUCGCGCUGCACAUCUGUGAUGAGGUCAGUGUAUUUGGCUUCGGGGCGAACACUAAAGGCGCUUGGCACCACUAUUUUGAAGAAAUGCCCAAGAAAUUCAGACGUACUGGUAAACACCCUGGAGGACUUGAACACCAAAUCAUCUUAGAACUUCAGAAAAGGAAUUUGAUCGAUCUAUACGCAGGGUGGUGAGAAGGACAAUGGGUUUGAAUAAUGGGAUUAUUUAAUUGUCAUUAUACUUUUUAAUGAUACACUCAGUACUGUUCCAAAGUGUUGGCUUUGUAUUGAUCACAAGUGACAGACUUUUAAGUUAUUACAAAACAAAUUCUGUUUUGGAUAAAUGCUGUUGUAUUUAUAAACUGAGUGCAUUUGUGUGUGCGAGUAAUAUAACGUUUACAUUAAACAACAUUUAAAUGCUUAAAGCCAUCCACACUGUGAUAUACUCAAGGCAAUGCGUUUAACGCACAUCACUUUUUUCCCCAAAUAUGGGAAAUUUUGGUGUAUCACUUGCACACGAUCAUUCAGAGAACUGCACUAUUAAACCAUAUGUUUUCAGA